AAUGCUUGCCUUCAGCAGCAAGUCCACAAUUAUUUCAAGCCUCAGAGCUGAAUCAGGAUUGCGAGUGGGCUAUUGUAAAACAACUUUGCUACCAACACAUUUCAUCAGCGACAUGGUUCCGCGCGCCGGUGUGCCCCGCCCUGCGGCCAAGGGUACCAUCCUCAUCCGUGAUAUCAGUCACCUUGCAACCCAGAAUGAUGCGCUGGGCGAAAUUGCCGAUGCGGCCAUCUUCAUUCGGGACAACGUGAUUGAGUGGGUGGGCAAGACCGCUGAUCUGCCUUUGGACAUGUCCGAGGCCGACCGCGUGAUCAGCGGCAAGGGCCACGUCUUCAUGCCAGGCAUGGUGAACACGCACGCGCACAUGUUCCAGUCGCUGAACCGCUGCAUGGCCCAGGACCAGCAGCUGCACGGCUGGCUCAAGACCCUGUACCCGGUGUGGAGCCGCCAUACGGCCGACUCCGUGUACAUCAGCACGCAGGUGGCCAUCGCCGAGCUGCUCCUGUCCGGCUGCACCACAUCCUCGGACCACCUGUACAUGUUCCCUAACGACGUCACACUCGACGACACCAUCCGCGCCGCACGCAGCCUGGGCCUGCGCUUCCACCCGGUGCGCGGCGGCAUGAGCGCGGGCGUGAGCAAGGGCGGCAUCGCGCCGGACAGUGUGGUGGAGGAGGAGCCGGCCAUCCUGGCGGACAUGGAGCGCUGCAUCAAGGAGUUCCACGACAACAGCAAGUACUCCAUGCUGCGCAUGUCGCUAGGCCCCAGCAGCCAGAAGACCGUCACCCACGACCUCAUGAUCAGCUCCGCCCGCCUGGCGCGCAAGCACCCGGGCGUGCGGCUGCACACGCACCUGGCGGAGAACGAGGAGGACAUCACCUACACACACAAGAUGUACGGCUACCGCUUCGGAGAGUACAUCCAGGCCGUGGAGUGGGACAAGUGCGACUGCUGGUUCGCGCACUGCGUCAAGCUCAACGAGAGCGAGCGAGCGCUGUUCUCGCAGCGCGGCAUCGGCGUGGCGCACUGCCCCUCCUCCAACACGCGCCUGGCCUCAGGCAUCGCGCCCGUGCGGGCCAUGCUGGACCAGGGUGUGAACGUGGGCCUGGGUGUGGAUGGCGCCUGCAGCAGUGAUGCCGCCAGCAUUCUGGCGGAGGCGCGACUGGCGCUGCUGCUGCAGCGCGCCGGCGGUGACCCGCGCGGCCUGGGCGUGCGGGAGGCGCUGCGCAUGGCCACCCGCGGCGGCGCCGUCAACCUGGGUCGCGGCGAGGUGCUGGGGCAGGUGGCGCCAGGCUUCGCCGCCGACGUGGUGGGCUUCAAGUACGAGGGCAAGGUCGCGUACGCGGGCGCCGGCGUGGACCCCGUGGCCUCGCUGCUGCUGUGCGCGCCCACCAGCGGAGUGGUUAACUGGAGCAUCAUUGAUGGACACGUGGUGGUUAAGGAGGGCGUGCUGAUGGCGGCCGAUUUGGGCCAGGGCGAGGGCGCGGAUGCGGGGGAGCGGGAGUUUGAUGUUGCCGCCAUGUGCGCGGCGGCGGACAAGUUCUGUGGGGAGCUGACGGCGGGCGUGGCAGAGGCGUCGCUGGGCAAGCAGUGAGGCUGCAGUAGCGGCAUUGUGGGAGCGGCAGCGGUAGCGGCGUCGAGGGAACGGAUGGGCGGGCCUGAGAGGGAGGGCCUGCAAUGUUGGGGCACGUGUGUGCGGUGUUGCUGAGGGGUUGCUUGGUUGCUGCGGGCAUGACGGUCCCAUUGAUGUUAUUGGUUACUGACGAGCACGGGCAGACUGCAAUCCGCGCAUUACCCAUACCUUUGGAAAGCGAUAUUGUAGAGAGAAACCUUGGUGAGAGACGUUUAGGGGCACGUAGAAGAUCCUUGUAUAGGUGCCGUGUGUCCUAGAGUGUUGCUGGGCCCGCGCAUUUGCGUCCUGGUUGUCGGCAAGUGGAAACUCAUGUGAGAGCCAAAAAAAUUGAGUGGGUAUGAAAAUUGCAUUGACGCAUAAGAUUGCGUACGCGCGCAUGCCGAGGGUUUUCUUAGUACAUACACGCUCAUGUCAUGUGCACGCAGAAUUAUUCGAAUGCUUAAGAACUGUUUGCGGAACGUGGGAAGUGGGCCGGGCCUGGUUGGGAGCCGCAGUGGCGGCGCCCACGCGUGUCGUGCGUUUGUCAUCUGCACACACUGUCUCAUGCAGAUUACGCGCCGCCGGCCGGCUGGGCGCCGCGGGCUGUCAUGAACCCAGCUCGGUUUUGCGGCAGUCCGGGGCUGAGGUGUUUUGUUGUCUGUGUACACAAAGACGGAUUUGCGGUAUGGCCGGUGACAGCAGUGGGGCUGGACGUCGUCCCCAAGCUACUGGUGGAUUUGAGACUGCACUAAGAAUGCCUAGAAUGACGUAUGGUAGGGCACCUGCACCAGCCAGGAACAAUUGUGGACUCUCCUUGUUUGCGAGCUAGAAACGUUGAGACUCAAGGGAAGUGGCACACGAUAGGUUGUCACGGUUCGGUGCGGUCCGCCCCACGGUGGCUGGUGGGCAUCUACGGGCGAGCCUGCGCGUCCCCCUUGUAACAGUAGAGCUCA